AUGUCAAAUUGUAUAGUCCAAUUACUUACCGCUGAAAAUGGAACCGGAUCGGCGGUGAGCGUCGGAAUGGCCAUCGAGACGCGGCGUACAAACGCCGACGCCCGACGGCGCCCGAUGGCGCCACGAGUCGACGUCGACGUCGCCGUUAGCGUUGAGGCCGUCGUGACGGCCGUGGCGCCUCCGGCGGCGGCAACUGAUGACGGCGAUGGUGGUAGAAGUUGUCGACUCUGUAAGCCACCAGCACCAUCCAACAUACGCCGACGACACGCCGUCGCUUUUGAACCACGCCGGGCUGGCGUGUCCCGUCGUCGGCGCCGUGACAAGCGGAAUUUGUUGAACGUUGGCAAAGUGGCAACGCUAGCAGUGUCGUAG